CUGGAAUCCCUCAACCUCUACGGCAACAACAUCCGCGACGAGGGCGCGGCCGCGAUCGCCGAGGCGCUGCGCGGCAACGCCGUGCUGACCGCCUUGAACGUGGGCUUCAACAGCAUCGGCCCCACCGGCGCGACCGCAAUCGCCGAGGCGCUGCGGGGCAACGCGGUGCUGGUUUCCUUGGAUGUGAGCUACAACCGCCUCACCGAGGAGGCGGCCCUCAGCAUCGUGCGCGUCGAGCGGCAGCGCAAAAAGCUGACCUCGCUGGGCUUGGCUCGCUGCAGCAUUGGCCCGACUGGCGCCGCAGAGAUCGCCGAGUACGUGUCGGGCAGCGCGGUGCUGGUUUCCUUGGAUGUGAGCUACAACCGCCUCACCGAGGAGGCGGCCCUCAGCAUCCUGCGCGGCACCGACCCGGUCACAUUCCUCGACCUAUCGAGGAAGGGGUCCUCGCUCGGACCCGCCUCGGCCAUCGUGAUCGCGUCGCUGAUUGCGGGCAACGCGGUGCUGAAAACCCUCCACAUCGGCGACAGCAAGAUCGACGACGAGGGCGCCGCUGCGAUUGCCGAGGCGCUAUGUGGCAAUAAGGUGCUGACCACCCUCGACAUCUCCGACAACCGCAUCGGCCCCGAGGGCGGCAAGGCGAUCGCAGAGGCGCUGCGCGGCAACGGGGUGCUGACCGAGCUUAGCCUCGCCCGCAACGGCAUCGACGACGCGGGCGCCGUGGCACUGGCCUCCGCUCUGCCCGUCAACGCGGUGCUGACCUCCUUGGACGUGGGCCACAAUAGACUCACCGAGGAGGCGGCCCUCAGCAUUGUGCGAGUCGAGCGGCAGCGCAACAAGCUGACCUCGCUCUCCUUGGGUGCCUGCGGCAUCGGCCCGACGGGCGCCGCAGAACUCGCCGAGUACGUGUCGGGCAGCGGGGUGCUGACGAGCAUCGACCUCACCCUCUGCGGGAUUGGCGACGAGGGCGCCAAGGCGAUCGGCGGCGCUCUCGCAGUCAACGGGGUGCUGACCAACCUCGUGCUCAUGAGCAACAACAUCGGCGACGAGGGCGCCGCCGCGCUGGCCUCCGCUCUUCGCGUCAACGGGGUGCUGAAAACGCUCGACCUCUACUUCAACAACAUCGGGGACGAGGGCGCCAUGGCGAUCGGCGAGGCGCUGCGCGGCAACGCGGUCUUGACCUUCCUCGACCUCCGCCUAAACUCCAAAUUGGGCGAUGAGGGGAAGAAAGCGAUUCGCGAUGCGGUUAGCGGGCGUGAAGGGUUCAAGAUCCACUUGGGUUGGACAUUUGUGUGA